ACCAUUGAUACGAUUAUGAAGUUGCUCAUAGAUACUCAAAGUGGCUCAUCAUUCUUCAUUGAUGUUCAUUUCUUGGAUACAGUGUUAAGGAUGAAAGAGAAGAUCGAGGAGUCUCAAGGGAUCCCUGUUUGCAUACAAACCCUUUUCUUCCAAGGCAAGGUUCUUCAAGACCCUCUUCAUUACUUUGAAUGCCGUAUCCCAGAAAACUCUCGUCUCUUUCUCUCCAUCUCUCCUUUCCACAACCCUAAUCUGAACAGCAACGAUCUAGUGCCUCAAACCGAGCAAUCUCCACCAAAUCCAAUUCAUGGGUUCGUUCACAAUCAAGAUUUCCCUGUGAUGAUGAGCAACAAAUAUCAAGUGCCUGGGAGAAUCCAAAAGGUCAUGGCGAGGAGGAUCGACAACGGAUCAUCACGACCGUCGUAUUCACUUGAUGAGUUACUUGCCCCUCAAGAUUUGCCGCCUGUGACUGUUGGUAGCACAAGAAACAGGUAUCAAGAAGUGGUUCAACCCGAGCAAUGUUCAUCGUCAGACUCAGUCAAAGAGGUCAUCAACAUUCCAGAUUCGCCUGUGAGGAGCAAGACCAUCCCAUCGAUAAAGCUGACAGUAUUUGUGAAGCCAUUUGAAGAGACCAGGAUGAUUCCAGUGGAGGUUAACGCAGGUGAUCACGUUGAAGAACUGAUGAAAGAGCUGGUUAAGAUGAAAGAGAGGGGUGAGUUAAAUCUGCCUCUCGAAUGGUAUUACUUUAUACUCAGAGGGCGAAUACUGUUGGAAACUAAGUCAUUCAUGUGGAACCAUGUUGCUGACGGCGAUACAAUUGAGCUUAAACUCUUUGCAGCCUCCUCUUACUUUGUAUAG